AUGCAUCUAUUGAUACCAGUUAACAUCCAAGGAAAUACAAUGACUCCAGCAGCUAUUAGAGAAAGCGCAGUAGACUUUAAAAAAGAGUGGAUAUAUGCUGGUGCAGAUAAUGAAAAACAGAAAAAGAUUCGUGCUAAUAAACAAAAUAAACAUAAUAAUCGGAAGAGACGAUAUUUAAUUAGAGAUGAAUUUGAACAUCAUACAGUGCCACUAUUUCUUGUUUUAAAGGGCCUUGAGAAUAGUAAUAUUGCAUUAUCAGAAGCACAAGUCAUUUUCCAAGUUGUUGAAGAUCACGAUGUUGAUAACCCUUCUGAUAAUUAUAAUAUUAAUAUAGAUGAAGAUCUAUAUGAAGAGGCUCAUUCUUAUGUCGAGUUAAAUUAG